AUGAACCGUCUUGAGCACGUCGCUGUGGAGAUCGCCGGGCAGGGGGCAGCAGAGGGCAGGGUGCUGGCCGUCCUGAUGCUAGGCAUCUGGCAUGCUAGGUGCUCCCCGGGAGCGAAGUGUGCUUCUGUGUGUCACGGGUGUGCCUGUGCGAGGCAGGCUCAUCUGGCGCAUGGCCUCCAUCUCUGCCGGAUCAGGGCAGGAGUCCGUCUGCUGCUGGUGCGAGGCCGAGGGGCCCUCUAUCCCCCGCGGUCGGCACCGAGGACCCUCCCGAGAGCACGUUCUUCUGUGGUCCCUGCCCACGUCAGCUCAGGACACACAGCGGCCGUGGUCCAGGACAGGGGUGCGGCCUCACGUGGGGUUGGGGCUCAGUUUGGCUUCUCACGCUUUUUACUCUCGUCUUUGUUUUCUUUCCAGGGAAGGUCUGUGUCUUUAACAACUUUUUAUCGAACAGCAAGAAAUAUCAUGAACAUGUGUUUCAGCAAGGAGCCCGCCCCGGCUGAAAUCGAGCAAGAGUACUGGAGGCUCGUGGAAGAGAAGGAUUGCCACGUGGCCGUGCACUGUGGCAAGGUGGACACCAACACUCACGGCAGUGGAUUCCCAGUGGGAAAAUCAGAACCGUUUUCAAGGCACGGAUGGAACCUCACCGUCCUCCCCAAUAACACAGGGUCCAUCCUGCGUCACCUCGGUGCUGUGCCUGGAGUGACAAUUCCCUGGCUAAACAUCGGCAUGGUCUUUUCUACCUCAUGCUGGUCUCGAGACCAAAACCACCUUCCCUAUAUCGACUACUUACACACUGGUGCUGACUGCAUUUGGUAUUGCAUUCCUGCUGAGGAGGAGAACAAGCUGGAGGAUGUGGUCCACACCCUGCUGCAAGCCAACGGUACCCCAGGGCUACAGAUGCUGGAGAGCAACGUCAUGAUCUCCCCGGAGGUGCUGUGCAGGGAGGGGAUCAAGGUUCACAGGACCGUGCAGCAGAGCGGUCAGUUUGUCGUCUGCUUCCCGGGGUCCUUUGUGUCCAAAGUGUGCUGCGGCUACAGCGUCUCUGAGACCGUGCACUUUGCCACCACCCAGUGGACGAGUAUGGGCUUCGAGACGGCCAAGGAAAUGAAGCGUCGCCACAUAGCUAAGCCGUUCUCCAUGGAGAAGCUCCUCUACCAGAUUGCACAAGCGGAAGCAAAAAAGGAGAACGGCCCCACUCUCAGUACCAUCUCCGCCCUUCUGGAUGAGCUCAGGGACACGGAGCUGCGGCAGCGGCGGCAGCUGUUCGAGGCCGGCCUCCACUCGUCCGCCCGCUACGGCAGCCACGACGGCAACGGCGCCAUGGCGGAUGGCAAGAAAAAGCCUCGAAAGUGGCUGCAGCUGGAGACGUCAGAGAGGAGGUGUCAGGUCUGCCAGCACCUGUGCUACCUGUCCAUGGUCGUGCAGGAGAACGAGAACGUGGUUUUCUGCCUGGAGUGUGCUCUGCGCCACGUGGAGAAGCAGAAGUCCUGUCGAGGGCUGAAGCUGAUGUACCGCUACGAUGAGGAGCAGAUCAUCAGUCUGGUCAAUCAGAUCUGCGGCAAAGUGUCUGGUAAGAACGGCAGCAUCGAGAACCGUCUCGGCAAACCCACACCGAAAAGAGGGCCCCGCAAGAGGGCGACCGUGGACGUGCCGCCACCCCGGCUUUCCUCCUCCGGUUCCCCCCGAAGUGCUUCGAGCUCGUCGUGAAGAUGCCAACACCGUGUCGAUCGAUAUAUAUUUUUUUGUAAUUAUGAUAUUCUAGUUUGGAGUACUUGCUGUAGGAUACAAGCUGUCUUUGCACUAGCUCUAAAGAAGAUUUUCUUCUGGUUUUAGAGAACUAAUUUUGUUUUAGCAUUAAACUGUUGAACUUUU